UUAUAGUAUAUGUAUAUAAAUAAAGCCUAUGUGUCAUGCCAUAACGGUAGAUGGCAGUAAAGCAGAGUAGCAAUCUCCGGAAGUGUACACUGUCAUGCUGCACCUCCUGAACUAUGUCCUGCAAAGCCAAAACAAAUCGUUCACAUGGAUCUUUCAUAAUAUUUCACUGAUAGUUCUCGUGACACUCCCCGAAGAUGGACCGCGGCUGGAGACAACAGAAGCUGCUGUGUGAGUGAAGCCGCCUGUAUCCUGCUGAUAGACAGUUAUUUUAAAGACGAUUGACUCUGCUACUUUGUAAGAAGACGCCAUGCUGCAACUCCCUUUGGUGGUGACGGCUAAGGUGGAUGUGGUUUUCCUGCUCUUUUCUGUGCUGGCUCUCUGGACCAGACUAAGGGGACUGAGUUAUCCCAACUCUGUGGUGUUUGAUGAAGUGUACUAUGGACAGUUUGUGUCACUUUACAUGAAGAGGGUCUUCUUCAUCGAUGACAGUGGCCCUCCACUUGGUCACAUGAUUCUAGCUGCUGGAGCUUAUCUUGGAGGUUUCGAUGGCAAUUUUGUGUGGAACAGAAUUGGGGCAGAGUAUCCGGACACUGUGAGUGUGUGGAGUCUGCGGCUGCUCCCUGCUCUUUGCGGGGCCCUAAGCGUUCCUCUGAUCUAUAGUCUCUCUCUGGAGCUGGGAUUGUCUUACAUAUCGGCUCUGGGGGCUGCACUGCUCUUUUUGCUGGAGAACGCCCUGAUAGUGCAGUCCCGGUUCAUGCUACUGGAGUCUGUUCUCAUAUUCUUCAUGCUCUUGUCCUUGUUUUGUUACCUCCGAUUCCACAACACAUACCACAGCUCAUGGUUCAGUUACUGCUGGCUGCUGCUGUCUGGAGCCUCCAUUGCAGCAGCAAUAGGGGUCAAGUAUAUGGGCUUGCUGUCAUAUCUGUUGCUGUUGGCCAUGGUUUGUGUACACACCUGGAAACUGAUUGGAGACCCCUCCAUUAGCCAUCUGAGUGUCUGCGUGCAUGCUGUCUGUCGACUGGUGUGUUUGGUUGUGGUGCCUGUUCUUCUCUAUGUGUUUUGGUUCUACAUCCAUCUCAGUCUUCUGCACCGCAGUGGGCCCCAUGAUCAGCUCAUGAGCUCUGCUUUCCAGGCAACUCUUGAGGGGGGGCUCUCUAGGAUCACCCAGGGACAGCCACUUGAAGUGGCCUAUGGCAGCCAGGUGACCCUAAGGAGCUCUGCCUCCAAUCCUGUACCCUGCUGGCUUCACUCACAUAAGGCCAACUACCCAAUCAGGUAUGAAAAUGGACGUGGCAGCUCCCACCAGCAGCAGGUCACAUGUUAUCCUUUCAAAGACGUCAACAACUGGUGGAUUAUUAAAGAUCCACGCAGGCAGGAGUUGGUGGUGGGCACUCCUCCCAGGCCUGUUCGACAUGGAGAUGUCAUUCAGCUUGUCCACGGAAUGACAUCACGUUUUCUCAACAGUCAUGAUGUAGCUGCUCCGAUGAGCCCUCAUGCCCAGGAGGUGUCUGGCUACAUUAACUACAAUGUCUCCAUGGCCCCACAGAACAUGUGGACAGUGGAAAUAAGUAACAGGGAGUCAGACGGUGAGGUGUGGAAGACCAUACUGUCAGAUGUGCGACUGGUCCACCUCAACACUUCAGCGGUUCUCAAGCUGAGUGGGGCAUCUCUGCCAGACUGGGGCUUCCAUCAGCUUGAGGUGAUCGCAGAGAAGCUGUUCACUGCUCCCAGCAGUAGCCAGAGCUGGACCGUGGAAGAGCACAGAUAUGGAACCAGUCAAGAGCAGAGGGAGAGGGAGCUGGAGCUUCAUUCACCAACUCAUAUCGAUGUUACCAGAAAAAUCUCAUUGUGGGCAAAGUUUAUUGAACUUCAGUGGAAGAUGCUCAAUGCCAAACAGGAAAACUCUGAACACAAAUACAGCUCGACUCCAUCUGAGUGGCUGACCCUAGAGACCAACAUUGCAUACUGGUUGCAUUCCUCCACAAAUGCUCAGAUCCACCUCAUUGGAAAUCCUGUGUCUUGGGCUAUAGCCAAUAUGAGUCUGCUGGCCUAUCAACUGCUGGCAAUCACCUACCUGCUUCGGAGGAGACGUGGCUUCAAGGACAUACCUGAUGAUGUAUGGAACAGUUUUGUCUCUCUUGGCACAGUUUGUGUUGGUGGGUGGACAAUGAACUUUGUACCGUUUCUCCUGAUGGAGAAGACACUGUUUCUAUAUCACUACCUCCCAGCUAUGUGCUACCUGCACUUGUUAAGUCCUGCUGUCUUGGAGCAUGUACACUCUUACCUUCUUAGUGGAGCUCAACGCCUUGCCAUGACUGUGUGUGUGUUGGCUUUGGCAGUGUCCAUAGUAUUGUCCUAUCAAAACUUUUGCCCUUUGACCUAUGGAACCCCACAGCUGUCUGCCUCUGAACUGCAGAGACUCAAGUGGAGAGAGUCCUGGGACAUCUUAUAUCGUCGUCAUUAGACUGUUCACAAAUUUGACCUGUUGUUUUCUGUUAAUAAAAAGAGACUACUAUUAUUCAA